AUGUCUGCGCCACCAUCUUUAAUACGGAAACGAAAGCGCGGAGACGAUCGACUCCUCCUCGGUAGUCCAUUUGUCGUUCAACCCCAUGUAGCGUGUUCGUUCGAUGUUUCCACGAAAGUAUCGCCAACCGUUAUUCUCCCUCGUUCCCACAUCCCCGUAAACUGGCUCGCCGGAGCACCCUCGCGGAUAUUCAACACUCCCGCGGAAAAUUCAGCGCUCUGUGCAUCCGGAUAUGUCACCAUAGUCAAGAUUGAGGGAGAGCGGCAGCUAUCCGCACUUGAGAAAGUCGGGGAUAAUGUUUAUACACUCUACCGCCUCUCGACUCAACUUCGGAUGAAAGAUAUUCGCAAGGUCGCAGCACAAACCAAGAAUUCACCUUACAUGGAAAUUGGAGAGGGGACAUAUAAUGUGUGUGAACAAGAUUGGUGGAGUGGAAUUGGCAGCGCCGAGUAUCCGUUUCAAGAUACACCAGUCACCGAUGCGGCGUUGGAUAUGGGCGUGCGCGAAAGUGACAUGGCUGAGCAUGCUGCGAGAGAUUCCUCGAACCCCGCCAAAACUCCACUGGUGCCCGACCCAUUACCUGAAGAUGAUGAUCACCAGGAUCCUGCCGUACAGCAAAAUAUCCAACCUACAAUGUCAGAGGUUCUGGAGCAAGUACAGCGGCAGUAUUUCGAUACGCUCUACCUCGCAAAGACAUCGUUGGCGUACUUUGCUAAAUCGACAUUGUCCCGGGCUCGCGCUAUAUGCCACGACAUCGAGGUGACUCCGCCGGCCAGCCGAUUUGACGAGUUGACCGAAUUUUUGCGACGGAUGAUACUACCGUUGGACAAAAUGGACCUAAAAUACCGGAAAUCCCUGGUCCAAAUUGCUCAGGAACACGAGGUCGAUGAUCCCUCUGUUUUCCGGCCAGACGAAGACGGUUACAUCCAGCGCUGGAGGCAGUCGGCCUUCCAGGAGCGGUUCAUUCGGGAAACCGAUACUGAACUAAAGCAAAAGUUAGAAGAGCUUAGGAUUAGAGAGUGCGUAUCUUUCCAAAUUCUGCUGGUGCAAAGCUGA